GGAGCCCACAACCGGAAGCGGCGGUGCUAUGGAUGCUGCGGGGCUCGCCCCCAAACGCCGCGGCCCCGGCCCGGCCCCACCGCGCAUGGCGGAGCCCCGACCGCUGUUCGAUGACACGAGCGGGGGGAGCGCACCGGGGAGGGCCUAUGGGGCCGCCCCACCGCCUCCCCCCAACCCCUCUGCCGCCGCCGCCGCCGCGUUCCUGGCCGAGCCCGUGUCCACCAUCGCCGCGGCGUACGGCAGCAGCUGGGCCAGUCAGGGCCGGGAGAUGAUGGACCGGAACAUCGACCGCUUCCUGCCCGUGGGGCGGCUCAAGUAUUACUUUGCAGUGGAUACGGUGUACGUGGGGAGGAAACUGGGGCUGCUCUUCUUCCCCUUCCUGCACCAGGACUGGCAGGUUCACUACCAGCAGGACGGUCCGGUUGCGCCCCGCUUUGACGUCAACGCCCCCGACCUCUACAUCCCAGCGAUGGCAUUCAUCACAUACCUGCUGGUGGCCGGGCUGGCGCUGGGCACCCAGAACAGGUUCUCCCCGGACAGCCUGGGCCUGCAGGCGAGCUCAGCCCUGGCCUGGCUGCUGCUGGAGGUGCUGGCGGUGCUGCUCAGCCUCUACCUGUUCUCACUGCCCACCGACCUCAGCACCCCCGACCUGUUGGCCUUCGCCGGAUACAAAUACGUGGGGAUGAUCGCAGCGCUGCUGGCCGGGCUGCUGUUUGGGAGCACGGGGUACCACGCCGUGCUGGGCUGGUGCUGCCUCAGCAUCUUCGUCUUCAUGGUGCGGUCGCUGCGGCUGAAGCUGUUGGCAGAGGCAGCUGUGGGGGUUGCAGGGCGGGGGUCCCGUUCCCCCCCCCGCACAUACCUGACUGCUGCCAUCGCAGCCGUGCAGCCCCUCUUCAUGUACGCCCUCACCGCCCACCUGGUGCGCUGAUUUGAGGCCAAAAACUCCAUUUUUGGGGCUCUGGGAAUGCCCCCCCCCCCCCCCCCCCAUCCCCCCUCAGCUGUACAAUACACCAGGCGCACAAUGGGAGCCAUUGGGGUGUGGUGGUCACAGUAGGGGUUGGGGGGGGGCAAAGGGGGGUCCUUUGGGUGGGAGGGGGGGAGAGGGGGGUCCUGGGGGUGUUAAUGGGGUGUUGGGGGGGGGAUGGUGGGGUCUUCAGAGUGACAAUGAGGUGCUGGGGGGGUACAGUGGGAUCCUUAAGGUGACCAUAUGGUGCUGGGGGGAAGGGGGGGGGGGGGUACAGUGGGGUCCUUAGGGUGACAAUGAGGUGCUGGGGGGGGGGGAGGGGUACUGUGGGGUCCUCUGUGGGGUCCAUGGGACGCGGUGAAACCCCCCCCCCCCCCCAAACCAAUGGGGCACAGGAAGAGGUGAGGGGGGCGGGGGGGGUUUUCACGUUUCCCUUUAUUCCAAAAAUCCCUUUAAAAGUGUACAAAAAAAGCCUCCCAGGAACCCCUUAAUUAAUUACUGCUCAUUAAAAAGCCCCAAUGGGUGCAAAAGCA